UCAAACAACACCCACGGCCAUCACACAGCUCAAGUGGAGCUCCCACUUCAGAGUUCAGACAACACCCACAGUCAGCUCUCAGCCCCUCAGCUCAAUCAACGGCAGCAGGAACACACACGCGGAGAUGACCUUCGGCUUAUCGCCGACACUGGAUGCGAGCCAGGAGUACAUGAUUCGGUUCGACGGCCACUUCGAGUUCGAGGACCCGUCGACCGUCGAGCCGCCGCCGCCGCCGUUCGCGGCCAGGGCGAUCUCGUCCGAGCAGGAGCAUAGCGCCAUGGUCGCCGCGCUGCUGCACGUCAUCUCAGGGUACGCCACGCCGGUGCCGGACUUCUUCUUCCCGGCGAGCAAGGAGGUGUGCCCGGCGUGCAGGAUGGAUGCGUGCCUCGGGUGCGAGUUCAUCGGCGCGGAGGCCAGGCCGCCGGCGGCGGCUGCAUUGGACGCACCGAAGGCGGCGGCGGGCGGGCCGCAGAGGAGGCGGAGGAACAAAAAGACCCAAUACCGCGGCAUCAGGCAGCGGCCAUGGGGCAAGUGGGCGGCGGAGAUCCGCGACCCGCGCCGCGCCGUGCGGGUGUGGCUCGGGACCUUCGACACCGCCGAGGACGCCGCCAGGGCCUACGACCGCGCCGCCGUCGAGUUCCGCGGCCCGCGCGCCAAGCUCAACUUCCCAUUCCCCGAGCAGCAGCAGCAGCAGCUGGGCGGCAGCGGCAAUGCCACGGCCAAGUCCGACACGUGCUCGCCCUCGCCCUCGCCACGCAGCCCGGACGGGGAGGAAACAGAGGAACAGCUCUGGGAUGGCUUGCAGGACUUGAUGAAGCUAGACGAGAGCGAGCUUUGCUUACUGUUCCCGGUGGCGGUCAACAACACCUUGGAAAUGUUUCACGCGCCGGGAAAGAGACGACCAGGGGCCGAUCUAGGGGGUAUCAUGGCUAGCAGUUAGACCAGUGGCAGUGCGCGCGCGUGUCUCUCAAUCAACACGCAUGUACACGACUUCUAGAUCCUGUUCAAUACGUGGUUAGCACACGUACUAGCUUUGGUUGUAAUUCUGUAUAAAUAGGCACCCGAUCAACGGAAAAGUUGUGUUGAACCAUACUCCUCUUUCAUGCAGUAUGUACUUAACACGAAUGCUAUUUUUAGAUUA